CCUGUGGAUUUGAAAAAGGAAAACACUGGCGUGGUAGUGCAGAGGGGAGAAGCACUCUGAGUAGCAGAGGAGGGUCACUAUCUAUAUGGGAAGACGGCCGGAUAGGUCGGUAGGGGCAUUGGCGUGUUGCAGGAUAGCUGUGGUCAUCAUCUUCGUCGUGUGCGCUUCGCUUCUGGUGGUGAUGGCGGCCACGACGAGUGGUGUUAGUGCGAGCUUAGCAGCGGAACAUGCGGGCACCAGAACGAGGACGAGCUCCCCGGUGCCGUACUCGGGCAGUGGGAUGGCCGGCGAGGACGCGUACCGGAGCAGCAAGAGGAGAAUUCCAAAGGGGCCUGACCCUAUCCACAACAGGCGUGCUGGGAAGACGACGAUUGCGCCACGCCGGAGAGACUAGCCCCCCGCGAGACGACCAUCCACCAUACCGGUGCCAUUCUCGUCUUCCUCUCCAUAGACUGCUUCAACAACGAAGGAAGAGGUUUUAUAAGAUGAGAUCCUUGGAUUUCUGGAAUGAGGUGCCGAGCUCAGCUCAGCUCUCCUUUAAUGUGGAUUUUGGUAGUGGGGGUAGUGUACAAAAGUUGCAAUCUUCCCUCGCAAGAAAUCUGUCAUUUUUUGACCGAGGUUGAUCGACCAAUCUGCCGUUCCCAUAUUCUUCGAGAUUUCGUUUGAAUCUAUGACGAUUUUAUCGGAAAAAUUGUCCUGUUGUGCUUGUGCUUCUGUGUGUAUUAAUCAAACCUGACGAAUUGACUGUC